AUGCAACCGGUACGACAAGCGGCAGGCCAUGAGGGCGCGUUAGAGGACGAGUCACGUGACAUUUUCGUCAAGCGCGCGCUUCCCAAGGAAAUUGCAUUCUACCAACAUGUUCAGGCUGGCGUCUCUCGCAUUCCCGAGGGCCUGGAUGACGAGGCCUACGAGCAGCAUCCGGACGCCCCUACGGCUGACCUUGCCGGCGUGAUUCCCGUUUUCAUGGGCACACUGAUGGAGCAUGAGUCGGCGGCGGGCGAUGCAGGAGGAGACGGGUCGUCUUUGAGUUACGAGGAUAUCAAACAGCGAUUGAACAAGAAUGGACAGGGGAUUGAAUUAGUGACGGAGUCGUCUACUCAACACAACCUACUUGCAUCGUUAUCGAAACCAGAGACCCACUCCGUUGGACGGGGCCAGGAAGCUCCGCUACACCCCUCAAAUGCCUCCAUUGUUCUGGAGAACCUCACCAAGGGGUUCAUUAAGCCCUCCGUCGUGGAUAUCAAGCUAGGAGCCAUUCUGUGGGACGAUGAGGCGACCCCGGAGAAGCAGGAGCGAAUGAGAAAAGUCAGCGAAACUACAACGUCAGGGUCUUUGCAUAUGAGAGUGGCCGGAAUGCAGAUAUAUGCUGGAAAAGAGGCUGCUAAGGAGCCUGGAGAUCCGGAAAGAGGCAUUGUGCCAUCUGACUCGGGAUACAUUGAGUAUGGCAAAAAGUACGGUCGGUCAUUGACAGAUGGGGACAUAUCGUCAUGUCUCAACAAGAACAUGUUCCCUGUCAGCCAUCUUGGCUACGACCGUGCCUCGGCACUUAUCUCCGUCAUCAUUCAGGAAUUGCUUUACAUUCGACGGGUCUUCCGCCGCAUUGAAAUGCGAAUGCAUUCGGCUUCUGUUCUAAUCAUCUACGAGUCUGACUUGCAGGCGUUUGAUGACCGGCUUAAUAAUCAAGGAGAGGAAGAGGUUGGACCUCUGUACCAGGCUAAGAUUGUAGACUUUGCACACACAUCGCUUACGCCUGGAAGAGGUCCCGAUCUGGACUCCAUCGAGGGUCUCUCCAAGCUCAUUUCUAUCAUGAAGGGAUGGGAAAUGUAA